CCCUGCCCUGGGGAGUUUUCCGCCGGAUUAGUGGACAUUUUUUUGUUUUUGCCCCCAGCAGCGGGAGAAGGAAGGGCGAAGCGUGAGGAUGGCCCAGCAAGCGGCCGUGGGCCACCAGGACACGCUGGCAGUGCCGCCCAUGCCCAAGCACGUCGGGCUGAACGAGGACCUGGUGAAGAUCCUGAGGGAGAACCUCCUGCAGCAGGAGCGACCCCGGGGGCACCGCCGCCCACCCUCCUCUAUCCCCCGGCUGUCGCCACGGAACUCCCCGCGCCUCCUCCGACGGAUGCUUAUCAACAACAACAGCCACAAACAGAGGCGGUUCACCGUGGCACACACUUGCUUUGAUGUGGACAAUGGCACGUCAUCAGGACGUAGUCCGCUGGAUCCCAUGGCCAGCCCGGGGUCAGGUCUCAUUCUCCAGGCCAACUUUGUGCACAGCCAGAGGAGAGAGUCCUUCCUGUACCGCUCGGACAGCGACUAUGACCUCUCACCAAAGUCUAUGUCCAGAAACUCCUCCAUCGCCAGUGACAUACACGGGGAUGACAUGAUUGUUACCCCUUUUGCACAGGUUCUGGCGAGUUUAAGGACUGUCCGGAAUAAUUUUGCUGCUUUAACAAAUGUACAACAGGAAAGAGCCAAUAACAAGAGAUCCCCAAUGUGUAACCCACCUCCCAUCACAAAAACCUCAUACACAGAGGAGGCCUACCAGAAGCUGGCCACAGAGACCCUGGAGGAGCUGGACUGGUGCCUCGACCAGCUCGAGACCCUACAGACCAGGCAUUCAGUCAGCGAGAUGGCAUCCAACAAGUUCAAGAGGAUGUUGAACAGAGAAUUGACUCACCUCUCAGAGAUGAGCCGAUCUGGUAACCAGGUAUCUGAGUUCAUCUCCAGUACAUUCUUAGACAAGCAACAUGAGGUGGAAAUGCCAUCACCCCAGUCCCAAAAAGACAAGGAGAAGAAGAAAAGGCCGAUGUCCCAGAUAAGCGGCGUAAAAAAACUAACGCACAGUUCCAGCCUUACCAACUCUAACAUCCCACGGUUUGGGGUUAAAACUGAAACAGAAGAUGAGCUGGCCAAGGAGCUUGAAGAUGUAAAUAAAUGGGGCCUUAAUGUCUUCAAAGUGGGAGAAUUUUCUGGGAACAGACCUUUAACGGUUAUGAUGCACUCAAUAUUCCAGGAGAGGGACUUGUUAAAGACGUUUAAAAUUCCCCUCGACACGUUUAUCACCUAUCUGAUGACUUUAGAGGACCAUUACCAUGCUGACGUUGCCUAUCAUAACAACAUCCACGCUGCUGAUGUCACACAGUCCACUCACGUCCUGCUAUCAACCCCUGCCCUUGAGGCUGUGUUUACAGACCUUGAAAUUCUUGCUGCCAUUUUUGCCAGUGCGAUACAUGAUGUAGACCAUCCUGGCGUCUCCAACCAGUUCCUCAUUAACACUAACUCUGAGCUGGCCCUCAUGUACAAUGAUUCGUCUGUGUUGGAGAAUCAUCACCUGGCUGUAGGUUUUAAACUGCUGCAGGAAGAGAACUGUGACAUCUUCCAGAACCUGACCAAGAAACAGAGACAGUCACUUCGCAAGAUGGUCAUUGACAUUGUUCUGGCCACAGACAUGUCUAAGCACAUGAAUUUGUUGGCGGAUCUGAAAACCAUGGUGGAGACCAAAAAGGUGACCAGUUCAGGGGUAUUACUGCUGGACAACUACUCUGACAGGAUACAGGUCUUGCAGAACAUGGUGCACUGUGCAGACCUCAGUAACCCCACCAAGCCUCUGCAGUUGUACAAGCAGUGGACGGACCGCAUCAUGGAAGAGUUCUUCAGCCAGGGGGACAGAGAGCGUGAGCGCGGCAUGGAGAUCAGCCCCAUGUGUGACAAGCACAACGCUUCAGUCGAGAAGUCACAGGUGGGCUUCAUCGAUUACAUCGUGCACCCACUGUGGGAGACGUGGGCCGACCUCGUGCAUCCAGACGCCCAGGACAUCCUGGACACGCUGGAGGACAACAGGGAGUGGUACCAGAGCACCAUCCCCCAGAGCCCCUCUCCAGCACUGGACACCUGCAGCGAGGGCAGGCGCGCCGCCGGACAGGAGAAGUUCCAGUUUGAACUGACUCUGGAGGAGGACGGGGAAUCCGACACCGAGAAGGACAGCGCCAGCCCUCCUGAUGAAGAGGAGGAGGAGGAGGAGGAGGAAGAGGAGGAAAACAGCUGCAGUGACUCUAAAACCCUUUGCACACAGGACUCCGAAUGUACAGAGAUCCCCCUGGACGAGCAGGUGGGGGACGGACAGGAGGACGAGGAGGACGAACACGAGGAGCAACGGGAAUUAUCAGAACCCUGUGUUUUAGAGGAGGAGGAGGAGGAGGAGGAGGAGGAAGAAGAGGACACUGCCAACACAUAACACAGUAUGAAACAGCACCUGAACUUUUUUUAUAUUAGAGAUGAGAAACACUUAUUUAUUGUUAAGAUAUUAGUUUUUUCAUUGUCUAUUUUGCAUAUCAGAAGUGCUUUUUAAUGUCCACCUUUAACAUGUUUUUCUUUUUCAUUCCUCACUCUUUUUUUUUUUUUUUUCAACCAUUUUACACUCAGGAAUAUCUUUUCCACUCCCACCUGUCAUUCAUACAAACAAAGCUUGUCUCUUAUUCCCGGUUUCGAGGUACUUUUUUUAACUGAAGCAGUAUUCUAGAAACAUUGAACUUAGAAAGCAGCUGUUUUUCACCAACAAGACGCUAUUUUUUCCUGCAAUUCAAAGCAUUUUAGCAGACAAAUGCUUCGAAAUUCAUGUCUUCCUGAUGCCUUGAAUGUGUUAUUAAUCUGGAUUCAGUUGGCUGCUGUUUUUGUGUAUCAAGCAUUAUUUGAAGUGAACGGACAUGGUACCAAAGUGAAAAAAAAACAUGAAAUAACACCACUUUUGCAUCAUUUAAAUCACCAUAUUUGGGGUAAAUAUGCAAAUGUGGUAAUAAUGUUGCACAUACUCUUCUUUUUUUUUUUUCUGACCUUUAUUUGUUGCCCCCAAUCCAGAUGUGAAAAUAAUUGAUUUAAAUGAAUACAUGAGCUCAAACAUAUCUCCUCAGUUUGAUUUCAACUUCAAAAUUCCCCCAAGAACAAAAUCUCGUGAUUUUGUUAUAAAACAAUAGCUUGAUUAAGCCAACCAAAAAUGUACAAAAACAUGCUGAUAAUGGAGUAAAAUGAAUCCCGGGUAUCACUUCAUGCAUUAACAAUUGUAUGUUUUAUUGUAAUUCAAUAAUAGUGAUUAUUAUGCUAUUAUUAAUAAUGAUGAUUGAUUAUUGUUAUUGGCCUGCUCAAAAAUAUCUGUUUGGUGCCAUAUGUCUCUGGCCAGUUAAACAGAAAACAACUGACAUUAAUGAUGAUUGUCACAUGAUCACAGGACAAUCAGCUUUAGUGCAAAGCCUCAUUGUGCGUGUGAAUCUAGUUGCACUGUACCUUUUCAUGUCUUUUUGUUGAUUGUAUUUAUUUUGGUCAUUUUUGACAUCGCCAAACAUUUCCAGCGGUAAUGGUUUUAAUUGCUGCUUUACUCAUCUCUGUCAAGUGUCCUACUGUAUCCUCUUCUUUUUGUUAUUUUCAUACUAGUAUUAUUUAUGAAUGCUCUUUGAUGUGCUUCUAGCAUAUUAAAUCAUUUUAAUCAAACUGUAGCAUCAGCAGGCUUAUCAGUCAGUUCUCCAAAUCAAUUGUUUUAAUUAUACAUAUGCAGUAAAUAUAUCUAAUCAAAUGUUACGUAUGAUAUUGAAGCCUUUUGAAACUAGCCCUUCUCAUUGCUUUAUUUAAAAGUCAUUCUGUUGCCAAGUUGUUUUAAAAAAUGAGUAGUCUCCAUUCGCUACAUCGUUUCUCAUUUCUCUCUGUUUACAUACGUGUAUUUAUUGUGCUGUACAGUACAUAUUGUCGCUCUUAUUAUGUUGUAAAUGAUUAUAUCAUCCCUUUUGGUGAUGGUGUUGUAUUAUGGAACUCUUACUGAGAGAAUGUUUGUUAUUCUUAGUAUGUAAUGAUCCCAUUGAUAUGUGUCUCUAGAGAGAUUGCGUAGAGAAAGGGGAAAGCCAAAUUCUAGUCUUUACUGUGUUUAUUUUACAUUCUUUCUUUUUAAAAGAAAGUGGUUCUGUGGCCUGAGGGUUGUGCCUUACAGAUAGCUCUUUAGUUUUUAUCCUCUUGCUGCACUAAAGAAACUACUGGCUGGAAACUGACCUAGAUGUGUUUGUUGUGUUCCUCCUGUUUAUGUGGCACAAAUGCUCCAAGGAAAGAAAAAUAGACGACAUGUUGUCGGACCUCACUGGACAGGGUAAAAGCGGGCCAGUGUGGUGGGUUUGGAUUUGCGACCGACUGUAAGUCCGUCAUAUUUAUAGUCUAUGCCGUGUUCGUCUGAGUGAAAAACAUUGAAAACCAUUUGCGUUUCUUGCAAUAUGAGAGAGAACAUCUUACUGUUGGGGGAUGACAGGGCAUUUUAAAUUUUCGGAUCCAUCCUUCACAAACAACCCAAAACGCUCAAUUUGGGACUCAUUUUGACACAUAUACUGUAGAUUCUUAAUGACCCUGAAUGGAUGGGAAUCAGUGUGUCCUUCUCGUCUCUUUUUAAAUCAUGACAGAAAUACACAAACAGAAUUUGACAAAUGAUAUUUAGGGAUAAUCUUUUUUUUUUUUUUUUGUUAAGUGAAUUGAAUGAGAAAACUGUCUGGAGGUUUCAAAAGACUGUGUAGUUGUUUAUUGGAUUCCUUGUUUAUUGCAGUCUAUUGGAUAGAACUGUAGAAAUAAAAUUUACGUACGAAAACUGGUAAAAUCCAAUAAAAAUGUUUUUAUAUGCACCAAAAUAAAAGCAUGGGUUGA